UCGUCGCCACUGCAGCAUCAUCUGCUCUGCGGCUGCUCAAAGCUGCUGCUACCGCCGCCGCUGCUGCUAACAGUCCCGCAGACAAAGUCAUGAAGGGAGGGAACUUCUGAGGCUGAGAAGUGGGUCUACAACCCCACCAAACAGGCACAUUAGAAACAAUGGCGGAGGCUAAUCCACUCAGGGGACUGCCCCGGAUCCAGAGGGCUGCGAUGUCAUUCCCUGGACAUCUGCACUUAGUUCUAGUGGUGAGACCCAAAACUCACCCUCAGACGACUGGAACAGACCUCGGUUUCCGCUUCAGUCAGGACGACUUUGCUCUCAAGAUGCCGAUGAUAAUGCUGAGCUCUCUGUCAGACCUGCUUCGCUUCAUUGAUGAAAACCAACUGAGCACUGAGUUUGGUGGGAGUCUGGAGCAAUGCCACAGUGACUGGAUCGUCCUGCGAACCGCCAUAGAGAGUUUUGCUGUGACCGUGAAGGAAAUAGCUCAGCUCCUGCAGACCUUCGGCACAGAGCUGUCCGAGAUCGAGCUGCCGGAUGACGCCAGCGGCAUUGAGUACUUACUCAGAUCACACACUGAAAAAUACAGACAGAUGAAGGAUGACAUUAGGUCGGUUAUGAGAGAAGGACGGCAGCUGCUCUCAAACCUUGAGGCUUCAAAAGCAGUGGAAGGAGCUGCAGCAGAAGACAGAGACAUCAGCCAAGACAAAGAAAGAGUGCAGAGGCUCGUGGCACAGUUACGAGACAUGGAGAUGGCUUUUGAUGGCUUUUUUGAGAAGCACCACCUCAAGCUCCAGCAAUACCUUCAGCUGCUCCAAUACGAGCUCAGCUUCCAUGAGAUGGAGGCCAUUCUGGAGAAGCUCAAUAUCCAGGAGAAAGCCAUCGCAUCUGUGGGGACAGCAGUGGCUCAGACGGAGCAGCUGCUCAAAGACCUGGAGAUGCUUGAAAACACAGCAGAGGAUGAAAUGGGCCGUGCUCAGAUUAUUAUUCUGCAUGGGCACCAGCUGGCAGCCAGUCAUCACUAUGCUCUUGCCCUAAUUGUUCAGCGCUGCAAUGAACUAAGGCACCGCUGUGACACUCUCACAACCGCUCUGCGUGCCAAGCGGGCAUCUCUCACACGCAUUCGAGACCUGCUUUUGCGGUUGGAGGAGACUGUGCGUUGGUGUGAUGAGGGGGCUUAUCUGCUGGCGAACCAGCUGCUGGAUAAGUUUCAGUCCAAAGAGGGGGCGCAGGCAGCCCUGCGGGACAUUGAGACGCUGAUGGAGACGGCACCCUCAGUCCUACGCUCUAACCUGGAUAUCCUCAGUCUGGAGUUUGAGGCGGUACUCACACCACAGCUGCAGUCUCAGAUAGAGUCGGUCAUGGAGAAGGUAUCAACAGUGCAGGGAAUGAUUCAGAGCAGACAGGCCUGCUUGAGGAAACUGGCUGAUAUUCAGGUCAGACCCAUCCAGCUAGUCGCUCCGAGGCCCGAGACCUCCCCACGCUGCAAAUCCCCUCUAUUCUCUCCUAAACACAGUUUUGACGUGAACUCCAGUUUAAGGUUUUCUUUCGAUCUUGCUCUGCCUGGUAAAAAGGCCUCACGGAAAGGUCCCAACACUAAGAAGAUAGAGGUGAUGCACGACUAUGAGGAGAACCGCAGCUGUCUGUCCUACGGUCCAGAGGGAGUCGAGAAUCCCGACCAACAUAAACGCCGCGUAAUGAAGGAGCUGAUUGAGACCGAGAGAAUCUACGUGGAGGAGCUGAUGUCUGUUUUGCUGGGUUACAGAGCAGAGAUGGACAACCCAGCUCUCUCUAAUAUACUGCCAUCUGUACUGCGAAACAAGAAAGAAGAGCUGUUUGGAAAUCUGCCGGAGAUCUAUAAAUUCCACAGCAGGAUAUUCUUGCAGGACCUCGAGAGCUGCUUAGAGACCCCAGAGAGAGUGGGUGCAAGGUUUCUGGAAAGGAAGGAACAUUUUCAGGUUUAUGAGCGCUACUGCCAGAACAAGCCUCGCUCAGACGCCCUCUGGAGGCAGUGUUCAGAUUCAGCCUUCAUCCAGGAGUGUAAAGGGAAACUGGAUCAUAAAUUGGGGUUGGACUCAUAUUUGCUGAAACCUGUUCAACGUUUAACCAAAUACCAGCUUCUUCUAAAGGAACUACUGAAGCACAGCUCAAACUCUCAGUAUGCAUCUGAGCUGCAGGGGGCGCUAAAUGCCAUGCUGGAUCUCCUCAAGUCUGUCAAUGACUCCAUGCAUCAGAUUUCCAUCACCGGUUAUGAGGGUGAACUGAGUGACUUGGGUCGCGUCCUUAUGCAGGGGUCCUUCAACGUCUGGAUCAACCAUAAGAAAGGCCCGACACGCAUGAAGGACAUGGCACGCUUUAAACCGAUGCAAAGGCACCUGUUUCUUCAUGAACGAGCUCUGCUUUUCUGCAAGAAGCGAGAGGAAACUGGAGAAGGACAUGACAGGACAGCUUCUUACAGCUUCAAACACUGCCUGAUGAUGAGUGCGGUCGGUAUCACAGAAAACGUCAAAGGGGAUGUAAAGAAGUUUGAGAUUUGGUACAAUGGAAAAGAGGAGGUGUAUGUUGUUCAGGCACCAACUGUAGAUGUGAAGAUUGCGUGGCUCACAGAGAUAAGAAAAAUCCUCAACAAUACGCAAAAGACUGUCAAAGGAGACUCUCAGCCAGACGGAGAGCAGCCUUUAUUUCCACCACUGGCUGACAGUGUGAGGCAUAUUUCCGUGUGCAUGCCCUGGAGUCCCACACAGAUCACUGGCUGCUCAGGUUGUUUUGAUGUCCUUCCUCACAGCAAGCACCAGGGGGCGUCCGUCAGCUCGGAGGAGGCCGAUUCAGGCCGCGUGAGUCCGGUUCUGACAGAUCCAGUCAUCAUUUCUCCGCGUCCCAGAAACCAGAACCGUCGCAGUUGGCCAGGGACUUCUCAUUCAGUGGACAUCUGUGAGGGUCUUGAGGACUGGACCACUGAUCUCUCGAACAUCUCAGAUUCGGAUGAAGAAGACGAUGUGCUGCUGGUUCCUGGAAGAUACAGAGCAAUGUUGGACCACCUAAAGUGUGGCAAGGAUGAUGUAAUAAUCAAAUGUGGUGAUGUCAUUCACGUGCUGCAAGAGAGUGCCAUGGGGCUUUGGCAUGUUAAGAAUCUGACUCGUGGAGGUGAAGGAAAACUCCACGUUGACACACUGUUGAGAAUGCUGGGAGAUGCAGGCAGAAGCCCCUCCAUUCAGUCUGGAGGUGCGGGAAAUAUAAACAGCAGGAAGCCCAGCAACACCUCAGUACAUCCACCACAUGUACCCAAAGCUCCCACCAUGUGACAGCCCUAAAGGCCAUUACUGUCAUUCAGGACUUGAGCCCAGUCACGCCAGCCUGACGCACACAAGCACACACCAAGUCAGGAAAACAGAGCCGUCUGCUCCAGAGUAAGUUUCCAUUUGCCAUCAGUGGGGGAUUAUGUAUGGAUUUACAGACAAAAAAUGGAUUCAUAUCUCUUCUCCAAUGAGCCAAUGACACCAUCUAUUUACUACAACAACAAAAUCUGGAAAUAAAAGGAGCUUUGCAAACUGAACACUGAUCCACUUCAUCACUGGAAAGUACUUCAUCACCGUACUGUGCCAUUACACACCGUAUUAAACAUGUAUUUGUGUAGUUAGCACAGUAAUUUAUUAAAAUAGUACAACCGAAAGGUUUACGGCCUGGGGCUGUGAGAAGUAUUUUUCUCU